AUGCAAAAAAAAGGUGGAUUUUUACCUUUCCUACCUUUGAUAUUUGCUGGUCUUACCACGGCGGGUGCAAUAGCUGGUGGUACAGCUGCUGGAGUAAAAGCUGCCAACGAAGAUAAAGCAGCUGCAGUAACAGCUGCCGAAGAACAUAGACACAAUUUAGAAAUGGAAAAGCAAGCACAGAAAGCAGCUACUGCAAAAAAAGGUUCGGGAGUGGCAGAUAUAUUAGGUACAGUUAAAGAAUUUGGAAAACGAUUUGGGGAAGAAACCAAGAAAACUGUUAAACAAGGAUUAAACAGUAUCAUAGACAAAAUAAUAAAAUAA